AUGUGCGAUGAGCCGCGCCAGUUUGUGCCGCCUUCGGGGCAGUCAUGGACAACUCUAGCGCGAAUGCAGUCCAGCUACCAGAACGAAAUCAAGCAAGACGACGUCGACGGUCGCAUUUGGUCAAUCUUUUCCAGCCCGCAGUUUGCCAUUGGCCAACGGGCCGUGCUUAUCGAGACCGAGGCAGGCAAUGUCUUGUGGGACUGCAUCAGUCUGCUAGACUCGGACACCAUUGACUUUAUCAAGUCCAGAGGUGGGCUCAAGGCGAUUGCCAUCUCGCACCCCCAUUUUUACAGCACGCAUCUUGAGUGGGCUCACGAAUUCAACUGUCCUGUCUACCUGGCGGAAGAAGACCAGGAGUGGAUCAAUCGCGAUGAUGAAGAUGGGUAUCGGCAGUUUGUGAGUGGCCCGUCAUUGGAGAUCCUUCCUGGUGUAAAUGUGAUCAAACUGGGCGGCCACUUUCCUGGUAGUUCCGCUCUCCACUGGAGCAAGAAUCUUUUUGUUGGCGACUCCAUUGGAAUCUCUCUGUCUGGUUUGGUGCGCUCUCACCACAGCGAAGAACACCAGGUUUUCUUCUUUCAUUACGCCUUUCCCAACUUCAUCCCGCUUGGCCCUACUGCUAUGCUCGAGAUGUGGAAAAGAUUAGAGCAAUGGGAGUUCACUAGCCUCUUUUCUUUGUUCUAUCGGACGACUGUUCGCGACCCGGAUGUCAAGUCCAUGGUAUUGGACAGCAUGCAGCGCCAAGCUCGUCACCAAGAAAACAACAGCCACCCGCUGUUGACUGAGAAGUGGGAGAGCAAGAUCUAG